AGCUCGACCUUGUUUCCUUCUUUUCUUGAUAUCUUUCAUCAUUGCCUUCCACUCGUUCAUCAACUAUUUUUCGUCCGACCAUCAAUCCAUGAUAGAUUCAUCCAUGGCUGUCCCCCCUUCUCUGUUGCCGUCCUAGACCCCCCUGAUCACAAAUCACCACCAUCACCGACCGUACAUUGCCCAUGAGAUUAACCAUGGGUGAUUACCACGAUACCUCCGGGGGUGUCAUCCUGGACGGCCCCUUUGACCCUGAUGCCCAGGCCACAGUGACAGAUUACAUUGACUACACCGAAUACCUGCCCGCAGACCUUAUCCGCUCCCUCACCCUCAUCCGCGGCCUCGACGAACGCUAUCUAGACUCCGCCCAGAAUGUCCACGACCUCACCAACACGUAUGGCCACCUGCCUGACCUCCCCACUGAGGCUCGCCCUGAUGCGCGCACCUUGCGCCGAGACAUCUCCUUCCAGCUGGAUCGCGCCAUUAACGCGCGCGAGUCGGCUUACGCAGAGGCCUGCCGCUUGUACGACGUGGUCGACCGUCAUUUCGUGCGCCUGGACUGUAUCCGACAGAAGCUCGAAGUCCUACCCAAGCCCUCCUCCCGCGAGCCGACCCCGCCACCGGCCCCCGUCGCCACCGGCAAGCGUCGCUCUAAGAAAGAAGAAGAGCGACCCACUCCGCCGACGCGCAUCACCCUACGUCUCGACGGCCAAAACAACUCCCGCGCGGGCUCCGCUCGACAGAAGUCGUCGCGCACGCGUCGCUCCCUCAUCUCCGCCGAUCACCUCAUCGGUCUACACCCGGACUCCCCCAUCGCCAGCACCGAACACUCGGACGCGGAGGCUGAUUCCAAGGAAGAGCCAUCGGAGUCGCCCCCGGCGCCGGUCAAGAAGAACAAGGACAAGCGGAGCCAGCGCGCGCGCACCUCUGGGUCAGCCGGCGCUCAGAAUGGCGGAUCUGGCAUGUCGAUCAGCAACGCGCUGGCGAUGCUCAAGCCGCCGCCGGAGGAUGCCCGACCAGGCAGUCCGGAUAUGCCGUGGCUGCGGCUGACGGAGUGGGAGAUGACCAAAUUGCGCAAAAAGAUGAAGAAGAAUGCGAUCUGGCAGCCGAGCGAGGUGAUGAUCCAUCGAGAGCUGGCGCUGCGCGGACGCGGCUGGGAAGCCUACCGGGCGGCCAAGAUGCAGGCCGAGGCGACGGGCACGGAAUUUAUCGAUUGCGACGACAUCAAAAACACAUACCCGCAGGGGAAGUCUGGGGAGGGGGGCCCGGAUCUCGAGGGCAUUUUCGAGACCAAGCUCAGCAACCGUGGCAUGAAGUUAAACGAGGCCAAGAAGCUCAAGCGCGAGAACCAGGCGCGCGAGCAGGCGGCGGCGGCGGCAGCAGCGGAGGCGGCGAUAGCCAAGGGUCUUCCCAUCCCGCCGAUGCCCGCCAUCUCCGUCUCCCCGACCAAGGAAGACAAGUCGGGCCGGCCGACGCGCAAGAGGAGGCGGGAGGACAGUCCGCUGCUCGAGAUCCCCGAGGUGGAGACGCGGUCGGCGCUGCGCAGUUCUGCCAAGCGCCGCAGGGGCACGCGGGAAUCCCCCACACCGCCGGAGAUCAACGUCUCGACGGGCGACGCUACGGUAACUACCUCCACUACGACCGUGGUGCCUGUGGCCGCAACUGAACAACCCUCCGAAGCGCGACCGUCCCCCCCGCAGCCGUCCCCGACCGGAUCGAAGCGAUCCACGUCCAUCGCCAGGGUGAAGGAGGGCCCGACCAUCACGACUCGAGCGACUGGCACCCCACCGACGACUCAGACCCCGUCGCGCCGUCGGUCGGCCGCAGCCUCAGCGGAACCCGUAUCGUCCGUGAUUGCCGCGGCCGGCCGCGAGCUGCGCCGGAAGAGUGCCACGCCAGCCCGGCGGACCCCCGUGCCCGAGGCGCCGACCAGCGUCCCGGGACGACGGCGCAAGCGACCAGCGCCGGGGCCAGUCUCCUCGGGACAGAACGGCGGCGCCGCAGUCAGUUACGGGCGACGCAAGGCGAAGCCGACCAAGAAGCGGGUAAGCUCGCGAGAUCCGGGAUCCGAGGGCGGACAAACGCGCGAGGAUAUCCGGAUCGACGAGGACGGGGUGGUCGAGGAGAUCGACCCGCACGAGCCGCGGUACUGUCUCUGCGGGGACGUGAGUUUCGGGACGAUGAUCUGCUGUGAGAAUCAAGACUGUGACCGCGAGUGGUUCCACCUGCAUUGUGUGGGCCUAUCGGAGGUACCCAGCCGGACGGCGAAAUGGUAUUGUCCCGACUGCCGGGUCAGAUUCAACAAGGGGACGGAUGGGAUAAUCAAGACCGGGCUGAGGAGAUGAAUGUCUGCUCUCUGAUCUACGAGUGAUGUCUUUGCGGUAUUUCGGAGUUCGGCAGCGAGGCGUUGGU